AUGGAAACCGUCAAACUUGGCCCUUUCACUGUACCUCGCCUCUUCGUUGGCUUGUGGCAAUUAUCUAGCAAUGCAUGGGGAACGGCACCAGUCAGCAAGAUUCGCUCCGAGAUGAAGCGACAUUUUGACGAAGGCUUCAUUGCAUUUGCUGACCACUAUGGCAGCGCCGAACUUCUAUUUGGUGAAUUCAGGCAAAGCUUGGCCGAUCCCACGAGCGUAGUCGGAGCCACAAAAUGGUGCGUGUUCAGGCAAACGACUCCCACCCGGGCGGUCGUAGAGGCGGCGAUCAAUGAACGUCUCGUCCGGAUGAAAUGUCAAUCAGUCGAUAUCCUCCAGUUUCACUGGCAAGAUUAUUCCGACAAAGGUUACCUUGAGGCACUUACUCACCUUCAGGCCCUUCAGAGGGAGGGAAUGAUCAAGGCCAUUGGACUGUGUAACUUUGACGCUAUCAGGACAGACGAGAUAUGCACACAGCUGGGCCCAGGAGCCAUCAUUUCAAACCAGGUACAGUUCUCGUUGAUCGACACGCGACCUUUGCACGGCAUGGACCAUGUGUGCGAGAAGCAUGGAAUCAAGCUCCUCACCUACGGAACUCUGUGUGGCGGGUUUCUCGCAGAUGAAUGGCUCGGAAAGCCGGAGCCCGAAGCAUAUCAAGGAUCAAUGACACCAUCACAGCGGAAGUACUUGGACAUGAUCAUCAAAGCGUGGGGUGAUUGGAUGCUCUUUCAAUCGCUUCUUUCCGUGUUGCGAGCCAUCGGAGACAGACACGGUGGAGUGAGCAUCGCGAAUGUGGCAACGCGAUGGGUUCUUCAGCAUCCCUUCGUCGGGGCCGUUCUUGUUGGUACACGUCUCGGACUCUCAGCACACACGGAAGAUAACCGUCGCGUAUUUUCCUUCAGCCUGACUGGGGAGGACAAGCAACAGAUAGAGGCAAUCCUGGAUCAAUCAAAUGGAAGGAAGCUUAUCACAAUCAUCGGAGACUGUGGUGCAGAGUAUCGUUGAUUGUUUCAUGUUUUUUUUUCCUGCAUCGGUCACCUUCAAUGCUUCUUCAGUCAAUGAAUCACUGUACCGAUAAUUCCGUACUUAUUUGCAUUUAUUUGUGCUACGACAGUUCAUAAAUGUGUUUGCCAGUGCAUUACUAUGUUGUUCUGUUACAGUCUGCUUAAUAAUGAAG